GAGCCGAUAUCGAUAAUUUAUUUUGGUUUUUUUCACCGGCAUUUGGAGAUUUUUGAAUAAUUUUGCCAAUAGUUGACUCUAAAUGGCUAAAAUUUAAACAGUUUUAAUGGAAUCAGAAAAAGGAGAAAUUCUCCUACUGCAAGGUGCUGAAGGCAAACUAUACAUCGGCAAACACAACGGAGUAACAUGUCUGAUUAAAGAACGGUUCUCCAAGAAAUAUCGUCACCCAGACUUAGAUGUUCAGCUAACCCGGCAGCGGAUUCGUGCAGAACAGAAGGCAUUCGAAAGGUGCAAAUCGGCAGAAGUUGCUACUCCUAAACUGCUCGGAGUCGAUCUUCCCGGACGCAAGGUUUUUAUGGAAUACUUGGAAAAUGCGAUCACUGCAAAGCAAUUUGUUGAUAACGCCGUUAGCGAAGGAAUCGAAAACAAUCCUAAGAUUGAUCGUUUGGCAGCGGAAAUCGGUCGAGUCGUAGGCAAGUUACAUGGGCACAACAUAAUCCAUGGGGAUCUCACGACUUCAAAUAUGCUGCUGGAUCCAGUCGCGGAAGGCGAGCCAAAUUUGCCCUAUCGAUUUGUCAUGAUAGAUUUUGGACUUUCUUACCAUUCGCUGAACGUUGAAGAUAUGGGAGUAGACUUGUAUGUCCUCGAGCGGGCCCUGUUAAGUACCCACAGUCAGGUACCGGAACUGUUUGGACUGGUAUUGGAAAGUUACAAAAAACAUAACACGUACAAAGUACCGGAAACGAUCGCCAAAUAUGAAGCUGUUCGAGCGAGGGGCAGAAAAAGAACCAUGGUGGGAUGAUUCGUAUGUUGUUUUGCUAAUUUUAUGAUAAAAAGUUAAAACUCAACAAA